GCGAGCGGCCGGUGGCGGUCGCCAACUCCUUUCUUCAACGAUGACCUCUUCGACGAGCUUGGUUCUCCUUCCCUGCUUUUCCGAGAUGAGCGACUUGGAGAUGAGCAUUUGCGAGGGCAGGAGGGCCGAAAGGAGGAGGAGGCUUGCAAGGUCUCUCAGGAGGGUUAGGCGCGGCAGGAGGGCCUAAUCGAGUCUUCAGAGAUGACACAGGAGACGGAAGACCGAAUGGCUGAGGUCGGAAUGCCGGUCGGGAAGGCUUCUUCAAUGACACGCUUCUUCGAAGAGCUCCAUCAGCUCUUAGGGCGUCUAAGCCCUGGGCGCCGGCGUGCCGGCCUGGCGGAGCUGCGGCCCCUGGAGCGGCAGGGCCUGGAGGCCUGGAUCCUCGCGCGCCAGAGCGACCAGGCGAAGGAACGACGGCGGCUCCAAGGGCCCAAGAUGCCAAGGUCUACACAGCCCUCCUCUGGAGCAAGGAGUAGCGUGGUGACCUUCAGCCAGAGGACCUUGAAGGGCACCAGCCGUUGGUACUACGCGGUGGUGUGCCUGCCAGGGCUCCACAUUUUGAGCCGCAUGCGUCGACAGCGGCACAGUGCCGUGGAGGAUAGCAAGGUCCUAGCUGAUGCUAAGAGGCGGGUCAGCGAAGCCUCGAGAACGGGGCGCAGCUUUGACCAGGCCGUCCGAGAAGCGCUGGGAGGAGCUUUUUGGGACGGCUCCCAGGUCCCCGUGAAAAGCGCGACAAGCCCAGGCACUCGGCGCCGGCCCAGGGCUGGCAGCACGGCAUUUGAGCCACAGGCCCUCCACCUGCGCUUCUAUGCUGCGGUGGACUUGGGCGGAGGCUUUGCCACGAUGCUGCGUGCGCCGUGCUGCUACGACUUGGACGAGGCGCUCCGUGCGAGGCGUCGACUGUUGGCUGCCGUGCACCUGGAGGAACCUGACCAGCGGCUUAGCACCGUGCCCUUCAGCCGUUGCACGGAGGUGCUGGAACGUGUGCGCCAGACCCACGGAGCACUGCACCAGGAGGCCGGUCGAAGUGCCUCGAAGGCCUUCGGCCGGGUGAGGCGCCUGGUGCUGCAGACGAGGGAGAAGCGGAGCUGGAGUCAGCUGCAGCAACUCUUGCGGAAGAGACGCGGCGAGAUGGACUACACGGAAGUACCACGCAAGCGUCUGCACACCAAGCAAGGUGGCAGCAGUGAGAAAGCUCUUCGCAGUCUUCGAUCAUGUGCGUGUGAGGGGACCCCAAGCUUGAUACAGAGCAGCUGAGAAGAGCGGUGGACCACAAGGCCCAAGAGACUGGAAGGCCAGGUUACCCAGGACCCUCCCAAGCAAGUGGCCAUCGGAUUCCAAGAGGA